GGCGCCCUUAGAGCGGGUUGGGCGGAGCUUCCGGGCAGAGCGGCUUCCGGGCAGAGUGGCGUCGGGCCGGACCGGAUAUUGAAUAAUAUAAUACAUUUAAGAAAAAAUGGAUGAAGAACCUGAAAGAACUAAGCGAUGGGAAGGAGGCUAUGAAAGAACAUGGGAGAUUCUUAAAGAAGAUGAGUCAGGAUCACUGAAAGCUACAAUAGAAGACAUUCUCUUCAAAGCAAAGAGAAAAAGAGUAUUUGAGCACCAUGGACAAGUUCGACUUGGAAUGAUGCGCCAUCUUUAUGUGGUAGUAGAUGGGUCAAGAACAAUGGAAGACCAAGAUUUAAAGCCGAAUAGACUGACAUGUACUUUAAAGUUGUUGGAAUACUUCGUAGAGGAAUAUUUUGAUCAAAAUCCUAUUAGUCAGAUUGGAAUCAUUGUGACAAAGAGUAAAAGAGCUGAAAAACUGACAGAACUCUCAGGAAACCCUAGAAAACACAUAACAUCUUUGAAGAAAGCUGUAGAUAUGACCUGCCAUGGAGAGCCAUCUCUUUAUAACUCCUUAAACAUGGCUAUGCAAACUCUAAAACACAUGCCUGGGCAUACAAGUAGAGAAGUCCUAAUCAUCUUUAGCAGCCUCACAACUUGUGAUCCAUCUAAUAUCUAUGACCUAAUCAAGACCCUAAAGACAGCUAAAAUUAGAGUGUCUGUUAUUGGAUUGUCUGCAGAAGUUCGGGUUUGCACUGUACUUGCUCGUGAAACUGGUGGCACAUACCAUGUUAUUUUAGAUGAAAGCCAUUACAAAGAAUUGCUAACACAUCAUGUUAGUCCUCCUCCUGCUAGCUCAAGUUCUGAGUGCUCACUGAUUCGUAUGGGAUUUCCUCAGCAUACCGUUGCUUCUCUGUCUGAUCAAGAUGCAAAGCCCUCUUUCAGCAUGGCGCAUUUGGAUAGCAAUACUGAGCCAGGACUUACAUUAGGAGGCUAUUUCUGCCCACAAUGUCGGGCAAAGUAUUGUGAGCUUCCUGUUGAAUGUAAAAUCUGUGGUCUUACUUUGGUGUCUGCUCCCCAUUUGGCACGGUCUUACCAUCAUUUAUUUCCUUUGGAUGCUUUUCAAGAAGUUCCCCUAGAAGAACAUAAUGGCGAAAGAUUUUGUUAUGGAUGUCAGGGGGAAUUGAAAGACCAACAUGUCUAUCAUUGCACUGUGUGCCAAAAUGUUUUCUGUGUGGACUGUGAUGUUUUUGUUCAUGACUCUCUCCACUGUUGUCCUGGCUGUAUUCAUAAUAUUCCAACUCCUUCAGGUAUUUGAUUCCAGCAUAUAGUACACAUUAUAUGUGUUAAAAAGAAACUUGAAACUGUAAAUAAAAUGAUUCUUUAGAAGAAGCUCCAAUUAAAACAUGAAAAGCAGUUCAAAAGGAAAAUCUGACUUAAGAAACUUUUUUGCUAAAAAAAUGUAAUAUUUUAUUAUAUUUUAAAAUUUGUGUCCUGCCACAG